AUGGAACGCUCAAACGCUUCAACUUUCAAUGAAAAGUUAGAAUUCAUGGAGUCUGAAAUUCUCAGUCAGUAUUCUGGACAAGACAACAUUGCUGAUGUGAAGCAGAAAUUAUCAAUUAUACGACACCAAUUUAAACAGAAAUGGUCAACUGCACGCAAUACUAAAGCCAGAUUCCUGGAAAACAACAGCAAGUGGCUGAAGGGAACCAUAUCGCUACCAAAAGCAGGUUUAAGUCCAGGCAGACCUCAAAAGGUGUUCGCAGAUUUAUCAGAAAGGAGUAAAAGGCGUAAAACAGAAGACCUUCGAUCUUCUGAUUUUGAUGAGUUGGCGUACGCAACACAAAUGAAAUUGCGAAAGACCGGCGAAGUCGAAGCGUCAAAAAUUGUAAAAACGCUUACAAAGAGUCCCCAAAAAGCUAAAAAGUACGCAUUGGCGAUGAAAAAAAAACAGCUGAAGAAGAAAAAGAAAUUGCUACGAAAUUGA